AUGUCAUCCUCUCGUGCUCAGGCCAAGAGCGCCAGCACCUCUUCGCGGACCUUCAAGCCGAAGGCAUCAGAGGUUGCCCAUGAGACGAAAAAGAGCAUCAUUCCGAGAAUUCAGACCCAUUACGCUGAUAAAUGGGGAACUUGGUCUUAUUACUUUCAGGAUCCGUUGGCACAGGUCUCCGUGGAGCCAGAUCCUCAUGCCAACCCGACAAACUUUAGCGUUUACGUUGAUGAUCCAGUCAACUACGCCCUUCACUGGCUGUCACACUCAGAACCAGGCGCUCCAGUCGCUUUCAUCUGCGCUGCGAACGAAAAACGCCCAGGUGGUGACUGGGUUACCGGGGUCGUGGGAUACGAGGAGAGGCUUUGUCGAAGAAGCACACUCUCUGCCACACUUUCUACUGCAGGCCCAGGAUCUCAUACGAAAGACGCAUAUCCCAUAUCCUCUGUCGGUGGGAUAUUUUCUCCCCAAGUCGUCAUAUUCCGUUCCGAGACAGACCGGUCCGAGCCGCUUAUGGAGGAGCAAUGGCAGGAUAUACCAGUGUGCUCGGUACCACCGGUGCGGUGGCCCAAGGUCAACAUGACAUCUGGAGUCUUGCAAUACUCAUUUGCCGAUGAACGUGAUCUCAUGCGAGAAAAGAUAACUGGGGCUCUCGCAAUCUGCUAUUCGAGAGGCAUAACCAACAUUGUUGUCGGGGACUUUGGCUUGGGAAAUGGGCACCGCAACCCACCAUCAGAGGUCGCUCAGCUGUGGUGGGAGGUUACUUCUAGUGGCCCGCUUCAGGGGCGUAUCCACAACAUUGCCUUCAUAUUCGAGGACGCACGCCAAAGCACGAGGUCACUCAUCCUCGAAGAUCUCGCCAAGAAACACCGCAAAAAUGGCGGCAUAAUUCCGUUGGCACUAGCGAACGCUUUAAGGGAACCUCCAGUUUCGGACUACGACGAGUUUCUCAACAUGUUCGGCCACUAAUGCGAGGAAAGGAAGGGUCUGGAUCUGCCAAGCACCGACUGCUGUUUGAUCAGGGCAAAAGGGUAAUUCAAAUCUAGAACUUAAUCGCCAAGGGAUGCCGAGCUGCAUAACAUACAAAGGUGGUUGGUUGAUUGGUUACAGGGUGUUCAGAAUCUCAAGUCUCGCAAGAGAUCACAGGAGGAGUUGUCUCUAUUUUUUUUUUUUUUUUUUUUUUUUUUUUUUUUUUUUU